GAUGGAUGAUUGUACCACCGAUUGCCCGAUAUGUUUCAAUGAGUUUUUGGAUGGUUUAGUACCACGACAACUGCCUUGUAGUCUACACCAUAUUUUGUGUACUGAUUGCCUUGUAAAGCUGGGGGAAGCAGCCUUAGAAAAUGAGAGCAAAUUUCUUUGUCCCCUCUGCCGUACUGAAAUUUUAUGGUCGUCAAGAGGAGCCGAUGCUUUUGAGAAGGUAUCUGUAAAAGAUCUAUUUUUUAAAUUAUUUAGGAGAGAAUUAGCUCACGAAAGAGUAAGGACGAUAAAGGAUGAAGAAGACGAAUUAAAAAUUUUAGAUUCCGCCGCCAAACAAUUGCAUCUUCAAAUUGAUAAACAAAGGACAAAAUUAGGAUUCAAAUUGCAGAAUUAUCAUCAAGAGAAAGCAAUGGAAUUGUUAACUUUAGAGAAGGAAUUGGAUUCUGUUUUAGAAUCUACAGCUUCAACAAAUGGAAUAGAUUUAACAGGAUUAAGAAAAAUGCUAUCUAUGAGAUUGGAACAAAUCACAAAAACCUCUUGUUCAUUAAAAGUAAAUUGUCAGAAUGUGAAUUUUGCAGAGAUUAACUUAUCAAAUACGUUAGAGCCAAUAAGCACUUAUUCUAAACAGGUUAACUAUUCACCAACAAUUAUUCGUGGGAAGAAAUGGUUCUUUAUAAUCACAUCUUCGUCAAUAUUGAAAAUUAGACCAGAGAAAAUAAUUGAAUAUCCUAAUGAUUGUCAUAUUUCGGAAGUGGCUAAUUCAAGUACGAAAAAUCUUUACGCUUUAAGAUGUGAGUUUAAUCAAUACUGUCCUUUUAAGUGGAAUGAUAUGGAUGAUUCGAUUGUUGAAAUUGAAUUUUACGCUCCACUGAUCGAUAAGGAUAAAUCUUUCGGAGAGAGAACAGUCUGCUUUAUUAAAGGAGUUGACUUAAUAUUAUACGAUACUAGCGACUGUAUAUUAAAAAUAAAAGAAUGUUUUUUCAAAGAACGCCCACUCUGUUUUAAAACAACGUCUAAUGGCUUAUUAAUUGUUGUUUUAAAUAGAUUUAAAGUUGAAUUUUGUCCAAUUUCAAAGUUGAAUGAAAAAGAAACAUUUCACGGAAGUCCUAUUCUAUUCCGAGGUGUUGAAAAACUUUUUACAAUUAAAAGUCUACUUAGAGAUUUAAAAAGAGGAUUUCGAAUGUUAACAACAAAAGAAUUAAUUUAUCUUAUUAGUCCAAAUAUGAGAUAUACAAGAGUUUUUUCACAAGAGAACUUUCCUUCAGAAGGUAGAUUAACUGAUUUUUUAAUGACAGAAUCAAUCUUUCAUCUUUGUUUUGUUAGAAAAGUAAAUAAUUGUUUUGAUUGCGUUGUUAAAUGUUAUCCAGUAGAUUAA